AUGGAACUCAACCGAGAACAUUUUCGCGCCAUAAUGUAUUACAACUUUCAGAGACAAUUAUCGCAACAAGAAUGCCUUGCUGAGUUACUGUCUGUUUUCGGCAACGAAGCGCCUCAUCAUCUCAGCGAUGAUCCCAGGGUGGGUGCACAAGAAACGGCUGUCACCCAGGAAAACGUCGAUGCUGAGCGCAAACUCAUCAUUGAAGAUAAACAUGUGACAUAUCGCGAGAUUGAAAGGAAAAAGGAAAGGAUCUCAAAGACCUCAAUUCAAAAAAUUUUAGAUGAAGAAUUACGAGUAAGAAAAUUAGUUUCUUGUUGGAUACCCCACCUGUUGACUGAAGAGCAGAAAACAUCGGCUGUUUGGGUGUUCCAAGGUGAAGAAAAGCCAACAAAAGUCAUCCGUUCUCGAAGUGUUUCGAAAAAGAUGGUCGCGACAUUUGUGUCAAAAGCGAGUCAUAUUGCAACAUUUCCUCAUACUGAGCAAAGAACUGUUACUGCGGAUUGGUAUACCAGCAUUUGUUUGCCAAAAGUAAUCACCGAGCUUCGAAAAAACAACCCCGAAAGAAGAAUCAUCCUCCACCAAGAUAAUGCAAGCUCGCACACAGCCCAAAAAACAAGGCAGUAUUUAACGGAACAAAACUUGGAAUUAUUGGACCAUCCUCCAUAUAGUCCCGAUCUAAAUCCUAACGAUAUCAUUACUUUCCCGAAAAUUAAAAACAGACUGCGUAGUCAAAGGUUCCAGUCACCAGAAGAAGCAUGGUGCAGACAACGGUCCCUCUGGGAUCAGGAAUGGAACAGUAUUGUCUUUAGUGACGAGUCUCGAUUUUGUUUAGGCAUGCACGAUGGUCGUGCCAGGGUUAGAAGGCGACGUGGUGAAAGGAGGAAUCCACAGUUUUUUGUUGAAAGACAUGUUCAUCACACUGUUGGAGUUAUGGUUUGGGGUGCUGUAGCUUAUGGUUCCAGGUCAGCUUUAAUCUUCAUCAGAGGUAACAUGAACGCGCAGCGUUAUAUCCACGGAGUUCUAGAACCCCAUCUUUUACCCUAUCUUGACACCCUAACAGAUCCAGUUUUCCAACAAGAUAAUGCCCGACCACAUGUUGCAAGAGUCACAAUAGACUUCUUUCAACAUAAUGAUGUCACAUUGUUACCAUGGCCACCAAGAUCUCCAGACUUAUCCCCAAUUGAGCACGUGUGGCAUAUGAUGGGUAGGAGAUUGCUCAAUUUGCAACGUCCUCAUCAGACUCUAGAAGCACUUCGAGAGGAGUUGGUGGUUGCCUGGAAUGAGAUACCACAGGAGGACAUUGACCACCUGAUCAGAAGCAUGCCUAGGCGCGUUGGAGAAUGCGUAGCACAUCAGGGUGCAUCCACACAUUAUUAA